AUGGAAGACAACGCCGAGCUCGAGUCGUUCCGCCGACAGUGGCGCGAGGAGGUCUCGCGUCGAUCGAAGCCCAAGGCCCCUCCUGCUGCGACUCCGGCCCCAACUGCCCCGCCUCCGACUCGUCUUCCGCCAACACGCCAUGAGGCCUCUCACCGCAAUGAGGUCGAGGAAGAGGGUCCACCGCUAGCUUCAUUCGACCCAGAGGAGCUGGCCCAGCAGGUUGGACAGCUGAGUGUGGAAUCUCCAGAGGAUGAUGACUUCGCUCGUCGUCGUGUCACGGAGCCGACGUCCGCGCUGGAGCACUUCGAGCGAGCUGUCGAGAAGGAGGCCGAGGGCAACCUGGGAGACAGUCUGUCACACUAUCGCAAGGCAUACAGAUUGGAUUCUACUGUCGAUAAAACAUACCGGAACAAACACUAUGCGCAUGUCUGGAAGAAGACGAAUCAGCCGGCUCCCACUACUACCCCCGUGGCAACUCACCAACCCACGGAGAUAGAGACCUUGCCAACGCCUCAGCUGAUCGCAUCCUUCGCACACUAUCCAAUUCCCCAGAGAGAACCUCUCAUCGAAGGCACACCACCUCCUCCCUGCCCAAUCUCUACGGUUCCAUCAGAGGUGAUAGUAGAGAUUCUCCGGCAUGUGGCUUUGAAUGACCCUUCAGUAUUUGGACGUAUGGCACUGGUCUGCAAGCGGUUGGCGUAUCAUUUCGCACAUGAACAGCACAUUUGGAAACGGAUUUGUCAAGGAAAGAAGUUCGGGUUUCAGGGAAUGCAUUACGACUUUGCAUGCGAUCUACAAGGAAAUCCCAUCUACACACUCGGGGAACGAUACACACCAUUUCCCAGGGAUGAGCCAAUGGAAAUUCCCAAGCCGUUAUCAUCAUGGAGUCAGGUUUUCCAGACACUUCCUCGGAUUCGGUAUACUGGUGUUUACAUCAGCACGGUCAACUACACUCGGCCUGGUGCUGCCGAUGCCUACCAAAACACCUCGUGGAAUAGCCCCAUUCACAUCGUCACCUACUACCGCUACCUUCGGUUCUAUCCCGAUGGCUCGGUGGUGUCUCUGCUUACUUCAACGGAACCCGUCGACGUGGUCCCUUACUUUAGCAAGGAGAAUGUGAUGGCAGCACGCACCCCGGCACAGAAAAAGCAUCAACGCCGUCUAUCAGAUCAUGGCCAGUCGCUAUCAGGAGCAGCCGAUUCAGUGCCCCCGGCUGCAAUGAACACAUUAAAGCACGGCCUUCCAGGACGUUGGCAUCUGGCCCCUCCCAUUCCUGAAUCAGACACACCCGCCGAAGCCUGGAAGCCACAUUCCUCAACGGACCGAAAGCCACUUCUCAGCGACGAACGCGAUCUCAUCGUCGAAUCUGAAGGUGUUGAAUCUAAGUACAUGUACACGAUGCAUCUUUCUUUACGUUCCCCUACGGUUCCUAAGGCUGCUCUGGCUGGACCUGCUCCACCCAACCCAUCGAAGAAUACUAAACUGUCUUGGAAGGGAUUUUGGAGUUACAAUAGAUUGACGGACGAUUGGGGCGAGUUCACUCUUCGCAAUGACCGUGCCUAUGUCUUCCGUCGGGUUCGUGGUUGGGGUUUAGACUGA